UCCGAUGGUUAGCCUCCUGAUCGAAACUGGAUUGACGAUGCUUUUUUCAUUCUUUCAUUCUUUUUUCUCUUUCUUCGUUCUUUUUGGAUAGGUGCCUACUAACUGGUCCACAUGCUGUAGAGAUUAUCCACAUUACUAGGGUCGACACCGGCGACACGGUUCAUAUCGACGGCGAGAAUAGGGCUAUUUAGCCGCGAAGGCAUCUUGAGGUGUAUGUAUGAGAUCGAUCACUUGCGGGAGCGCGAACGAGGUGGUGGUGGUGGCAGGGAAGCGGGUGGUGGAGGACUAAGAUUGUUGAUGUUAUCGGUGCCGCGGGAAAUCCAACGGCUUUGUAUGCUGAGAUUCGAGGAUGAAAACCCCUUGGAAAAGCUUUCGAGGAUGGUUUGCGGGGGUGAGCGGGUGUGGGGAGUAGAUGAGACGGGUGGGGUCUUUUUCUUUUUUUUCUCGCUCUUUUUUUUCGAUUCGAUCGAUUCUCGGGUAGGAGUUUGCGUGCGAGUGAUGUCGAUGGUUUUCUGGUCAGUGGCGGCGGUCCUGUUGGCGGUCCUGUUGGCGGAGAUGUAUACGGUAUAUAAAGUCGGAAGGAGUAGUGGUGGGUGUAGAUCCUGAAGUGAAGGAGGACUGGUGACCGGGUAUAUAGAUUCGGAACAGUUGUAGUAGUUGAAGAUGGUUGAUGGUUGUGGUGGUGGAG